ACAGCCUCCCUCCUCUCUCUUCUUACUCUUCUCUCCCUCCCACCGAUCCGCUCCUUCGCUCUCCUCCUUCUCCUCCCUCCUUCUCCCCUUCCCUUCCUCCUCCUCCUCCUCCUCUUCGGGCUCCUGUAGCGCUUGAGCCCCGCCCAGCCUGCACCGGAGCCCGCUCUAUAUAUACAGCGGCGUUACAAACUGGGCUGAGCAGCAGAGGCGGCUGGGCUGGGAGCAGCAGCAGCAGGAGGCAGGCGGAGGAGGAAAACUCUGGGAUCCUUUUCCUUGUCUCAUAUAUAUCUAUAUAGAGAUAUAUCUAGACAGGGUGCGUUUUUUUUGUCACCCGCCUUUGCUUUUCCCCAAACCUUCCUCCUUUUUUUAUUAAAAAAAAUCCUCCUUUGCAAUUAAAUUGCAAUUAGAACUUGUUUCCCUCCUUUCCAAAUCUUUCCCCCUCCUUCGCAAACCCAUUUCCCUCCCUGCUUCGCCAAGGACCCUCUUUCCCUUCCCUUCCCCUUCUCCCUUGCAAACCCAUUCCCUCUCUUUUGCCGAGGGACCCCCCUCUCGCUCCUCGCCGUCCCCUGGGCCCCGGAUCCGCCAUGAAGGCGGUGAGCCCCGUGCGGCACCCGAGCAGGAAGGCGCUGGCCGGCGGCGGCGGAGGUUGCUGUUGCGGCGACGGAGGCGGCGGCGUCGGCGUGGAGGUGCCGGUGCGCUGCCUGGCUGACGCCGCUCCGGGCUGCUUGAAGGGGAGCCCUCCCUCGGCCCAGGAGGAGCAGGAGGACCGGGCGGCCGCGGCGGCGGCGGCGGCGGCGGGGUCCUUGUGCCUCCAGUGCGACAUGAACGACUGCUACAGCCGCCUGCGGAAGCUGGUGCCCACCAUCCCCCCCAACAAGCGGGUCAGCAAAGUGGAGAUCCUCCAGCACGUCAUCGACUACAUCCUCGACCUGCAGCUGGCCCUCGAGACCCACCCGGCCCUCCUCCGCCAGCAGCAGCAGCAAGCCCCCAUGCAGCCCCCGCCGCCCCCGGGCUCCGUCCUCCUCCCGGCGGGGCCUCCCAGGACUCCGCUCAGCACCCUCAACGCCGACCCGGUAAGGCUCCCGCCUCCGCCUCCGGACCGGGAAAGGAGGGAGGGAGGGAGAGGAAGGGCGCCUCUGAGUCGCCUCUCUCUCCCAGGCACUAAGGCGAGGGAAGCCCUCUGGAAGGACGGGAGGAAGGGACACACACACACACACACACACAUCCUGACAAGUAAAGAAAUGGACACACACACACACAUCUUGUUCGGACAGGACUGAAGAAAUACUCAUACACACACACAAAAACACUCAUCCAGUUUUGAUAGGAGUAAAGAAAUGGACACACACACACACACAUACAUCUUGUUCGGACAGGACUGAAGAAAUACACACACACACACACACACUCUUUACUCCUGUCCGGAUGUAACACUCAUCCUGACAGGAGUAAAGGAAUGGACACACACACCUUCUUCAGACAGAGCUAAUGAAAUGGACACACACACACACACACACACCCAUCUUGUUCGGACAGGAGUAAAGAAAUAGACAUACACACAAACGCUCAUCCUGACAGGAGUAAAGGAAUGGACACACACACAUCCUUUUCUGACAGGACUGAAGAAAUACACACAGGCACACAUCUUGUUCAGACAGGACUGAAGAAAUAGAUAGACCCACUCACUCAUCCUAUUCUGACAGGACUGAAGAAAUAACACACACACACACACAUUUCCUGAUCGGAGUAAAGGAAUGGACACACUCACACAUCUUAUUCACACAGUUAACUAAAUGGACAGAUACACACACUCAUCCUAUUCUGACAGGAGUAAAUAAAUGGACACACACACACACACAUGUCCUGACAGGAGUAAAGACAUGGGUGCUUCCCCCUGCCCUCGCCGGCCAAUCCUGUUCUGACAGGACUGAAGAAAUGGACAGAGAACAGCCAUCCUGUUCUGGCAGGACACACACACACACACACAUCAUUUUCUGACAGAAGUAACAAGAUGGACCCCCUCCAUCCCCAUCCUGUUCUCACAGGAGUAAAGAAGUGGGGGCGCGCACACACCCAUCCUGUUCUCACAGGGCUAAAGGAAUGGACACGACACACACCCUGCCCCCGCUGUCCUGUUCUGACACACACACACACACAUCCUGUUCUAACAACUAAAGAAAUGGACACCCUUCCCCAUCCUCAUCCUAUUCUGACAGGAGUAAAGAAAUUGACACAUACACAC